AUGCCUGGCCUAACCAAAAUGACAUCGACAGCGAGCGAAUCUUUUCUGAUGAAUGUCCGAGAAGAGGCGAACUGUAUUCUUGCGGAGAUCGUAAGGUUGGCUGGAUUCGUUCCACCGGAUUUCUUAGAUCCGUCAUCUUCAAAAUAUAAGCUGUUAAUUCUUGACUUCAACUACUUCACUCGAACAGCCCACUACGAAAAGAUUAUCGAGGAGAACGAGGAGUUACAAGACAGUUUCUACAGUGCCAAUGGUGACCUAAUCACUCGAUUUUCUGCGCUUUUUCAAGCACUUGCCAACUUUUUGUGUAGCUUAAAAGAUCGACUGAAGCUCAGUGAAUCUUUCGUUGAAAAGUGUCUUUCUUGUUGUGAAACUAUACACAGAGAGGGAACGAAUGACUUUGGGAAGUUGUAUGUGGAUAGAAGUACGCUGAUCAAAUGGAUUUUUAUUUGCCUCGUUUUCAAACCUUCUACACUUAAGAAUGACGCCAUAAAAAUGCGUCAGAUUGUGGAAGAUUUCUUUCGUGACGAAUGGGUGAUACAGUUAGGUCUUGGUUUGAAUGUAAAUUUACUGGAUUACUGGCAGUCAUAUCGAGCUGCGCUGACGGCGCUCACUAAUCAAGUGGAUCUAAACAAGGCAAAGAGCAUGGCUUCGUAUCACUACAAUGCCCUGAGCAAACUGAGCAUCCCUCAAGGUAAAAUCUCACCCAAUAAUUUUGACGCACAUAUUCGUCUGAUUUCGCAGUAUAACUCGUCUCUAAGAUGGUUAAUUCUUCACAUGUCGAAAUUGCAUGAUUGGUUUCUGCUAAUGAAGAAAACCCUGGAAGAAUUGGACCUUGAAGACAAAAAGAAUGGUGAAUCUGUCAUUCAAGCAAAGAGAAGAAUUGCUCAGGUUGACGAGAUGUACGAUUUGAGUGGAAACCUCGCUUUGGCACAGCACUUGCAAAAGUUGGGAACACAACUGGACUGCCUCUCUGCACUGUACAACGUUCGUGAAGAAGAUGAACGCCAAGCACAGCAUGAUUGGACGCCUCGUAUACAACGUAGAAUACUGGAGUCCUCCAAUGUCAACGUUGUCCGAGCACUUUUCUUCAAACUUUCGAUUUCGAUUUCAACUAUGUGUGAACGAUUCGAAAACAAAGAAAAGAAGAAUCUGAUUGGUCGCGCGUACUCGUACCACCUGGAACGACGGUUACGUGCUAUACUUCAGACCAUCCCAAACAAGUUGUUUUCGGUUCUGAAGAACACCCUUUGCCCAGCUUUGCAACGCCAGUGGGAACCAGUUUUGGAUAAAAGCGCUGCAAGGGAGAUGGCUGAUUUUGAUGACAAUUUUCGUCUUGCGGAAUCAACAUACACAAUCUCUAAUCUCAGUCUUGGUGUUUCCAAAAUGGCACUCAAGAAAGUGGGCAUGAUUAGCAUCAACCCGAAGGAGCUCCUAGAAGAAGGAAUUCGCCGCGAGCUCGCUUUGGAACUUCCUUCGCUACUGACUAUGCUGGAUAAGAAUUCCUCUCUUGAAGACGUCCUCAAGAUUCUUUCGCUAAAUCUCCAUCCAUUUCAUCGUGGAUUCAUUUAUAUGUGCGAGCAUGUUGACAUCAAUGGACAUGACAUGUGGCGGGAGGAGGUUGAUGCAAUCCUCCGAGGAACGGCUAAGGAUUUGAUGGAGAGAGGAUUGGCACCCGCAAUUGGACAGCACCUUCUCCUUCUGAUAAUGUUGUGUCAGUCGAAAAAGCAGCAUUGCCAACUCUACGCGGCGCCUUUGUUCUCAGUUCUUUCCGCGUGCGACAGGUAUCUGGUUUCGUCUCCGGACGCAGUUCCGACCGACGUGGCUCCACUGGUUAACUUACUGCGAGACUGUGGGCUGUGCACUCCAGCGUUGACACUGUAUAAGACAAGAAUGACGGUGCCGUCCAAUGCAGUUGUAUAUUUGCUGCUGGCUUUGUUCGUCACCAUGCACAAACUGAAUGGUACUCGGAAAGAUGCAAUCUGUGAACGAGCCUUCAUAGCGGGGCUAUUCUGCAUCCUUCAUCAGAUUAACGGUGUGGAGGACUUUGUGAAGACUGCGGAGAUCUUCGCAGACUCUCUUGUUUCUGCAAAGGGCACCAAUGACAAGCAGCUGCUCCUCUCGUACACCAACAGUGUAGCUACUUUUUCAUAA